GCCUUCUGGAGGAUGGGAAAUCAGCUCAGACAGGUGUAACCACAGCAUCAGCCACAGCUGGAACACUGAAUGCUGAGAAGAAGAACAACUGUGGUGCUCAGUGUGCGAACCCCAUGGUCCACAGCACGGGAGCUACGACGCAGAGACAGAACGGCUUCAGGGCAGCAGAGAGUAAAUGGGACACACAGAAAAUGUCCACAAAAGAAGUCACCAUUAAUGUUACAAAAAGCAUCAGACAAAGUGACAGAAGGAAAACAAAGAAUUGUGUCAAUUAA